UAUUUAUUUUUACAUUGUUUUAGGUUUCCAGUAAUUAUCUGCAGGAUUCGCCAUGACCCCAGCUCUGAGGGAGGCAGCAACAAAGGGUAUAUGCUUUUCAUCUUUACCAAGUACCAUGGAGUCUGACAAGAUGCUAUGCAUGGAGGGUCCAAGAACUAUGGAUGAAAAGCUAAAGGGAGACACUUUCUCUCAGAUGCUGGGAUUUCCAACACCUGAACCUACUCUUAACACUAAUUUUGUGAAUUUAAAACAUUUUGGCUCCUCUCAGUCUUCAAAACAUUAUCAGACAGUUCUUUUAAUGGGUUCUAAUUCUACAUUAAAUAACUACAAUAAGAAUUAUAAACAAAAGAAAUUAGGGGAACCGAACUGCAAUAAGCUGAAAAACAUACUGUGUAAUGGCAGCAAUAUUCAGCUCAGUAAAAUCUGUCAUUCUCAUUCUGAAGAGUUCAUCAAAAAGGAACCUCUGUCAGAUAACACAAGCCAGUGCAUGACAGGUAUAAAAAAUGUUUUGGAUUCAAAUAUAACCAAAGACACUAAUGUAGAUAAAGUACAACUACAAAACUGUAAAUGGUACCAAAAGAAUGCACUUUUUGAUAAAGUUACUGAUACUGAGAUUAAAAAGAGUUUAUUGCACUGUGCUCAAAAGAAAAUUGGGCCUGGCCAUUCAAAUGUGCCUAUUAGUUCCUCAGCUGCUGAAAAAGAGGAGGAAGUGAAUGCUCGUUUGCUUAAUUGUGUAAGCAAACAGAAAAUUUUACUUAACCAGGCUAGAAGAACUCAGAAACAUUUGCAGAUGCUCCUGGCAAAGCAUGUUGUUAAGCACUAUGGUCAGCAAAUGAAAUUUUCUAUGAAACAGCAACUCCCCAAAAUGAAGAUCUUUCAUGAAGCCACCACGGUUUUGGAUAACAGUUUACCUAAAUGCACUGAAAUUAAGCCAGACAUCAACUUAUUGACUGCGGAGAAUAAAUUAUGGAAUGAUACAAAAAAUGGCUUUGCACGAUGUACAGCCGCAGAGAUCCAGAGAUUUGCACUGUCAGCUACAGGGCUGUUGUCUCAUGUGGAAGAGGGUCUGGAUUCUGAUGCAACUGAUAGCAGCUCUGAUGACGAUUUGGAUGAAUAUACCAUUAGAAAAAAUGUGGCAGUUAACUGUAGUACUGAAUGGAAGUGGCUUGUAGACAGAGCAAGAGUUGGCAGCCGAUGGACGUGGCUUCAAGCCCAGAUUUCAGAGCUAGAAUACAAAAUCCAACAACUAACGGAUGUUCAUAGGCAGAUUCGUGCCUCCAAGGGGAUAGUGAUCCUAGAAGAAUGUCAACUUCCAAAAGACACUUUGAAAAAACAAAUACAAUUUGCAGACCAAGCAACUUCAUUAAAUAUUACAGGGAAUCCUCAGAUUCCCCAAGAGAGUCAAGAUCCAUUUCCAGAACAAGAUUUUGAAAUGUCACCAAGUAGCCCAACACUGCUUCUUCGCAACAUAGAAAAACAGAGUGCACAGUUGACUGAGAUCAUCAACAGUUUGAUUGCCCCUCUCAACUUGUCCCCAACUUCAUCACCCCUCUCCUCCAAAUCCUGUAGCCAUAAAUGUCUGGCUAAUGGCAUUUCCAGGAGCGCUUCGGAGAACGUGGGCGAGCUGGCCCCCGCGGGCAGCUGGGCACCUAGCCAGAGGCACAGUAAGAAGAGGAGGAAAGACAGGGCCAGGCUGAAGUCCCCGGGCCUGGCGGUCCCCAGCACCGCAGCUCGCACGAGGCCACUUCAGAGUGUCCACAGACGGAAGCUGUACCGCCUGGGCCCCCCCUGCUGCUGGACUCGGCCGACUUUGCCUUCAAAAGAAACAGCAUUCUUAAAUACUACACAAAUGCCUUGCCUGCAGUCAACUUCAACUUGGAGUAGCUGUGAACACAAUUCAAAGUCUCAAAUAUUAAAAGAACAUGUAUCAGAGCUAGAUUCUUCUUUCCAUUCUGUUCUAUCAUUGCCAUCAGAUGUGCCUCUUCAUUUUCACUUUGAAACAUUGUUUAAAAAGACUGAAAUUAAAGGAGAUCUUGCAGAAAAUAAAUUUGUAGGAGACUGUAUCAUAUCUCCAUCCCCUGUACAUAAUACUUCUCUGAGUCAAUGGAGAAAUGGAUAUUCUCCUACAUGCAAGCCUCAAAUAAGGUCAGAAUCUUCUGCACAGCUGUUACAGGGAAGAAAGAAAAGACACUUAAGUGAAACAGCAUUAGGAGAAAGAACUAGAUUUGAAGAAUUUGCUUUUCAACACACAGAACCAGGAUCCCACAGAAAUUUUACUGCUGCUACUAAUGUCAAUGUUAUAUCAAGACCUCAGAACUCAUCACAAAAUACUGCACGUCGGAGACUGCGAAGUGAGAGUUCUUACGACAUAGAUAAUAUUGUGAUUCCUAUGUCAUUAGUGGCCCCAGCUAAGUUAGAGAAACUCCAAUAUAAGGAAAUACUUACUCCGAGCUGGAGGAUGGUUGUUCUUCAGCCUUUGGAUGAAUAUAAUAUAGGUGAAGAAGAGAUAGAAGAUCUUUCUGAUGAAGUCUUCUCUCUAAGACACAAAAACUAUGAAGCGAGAGAGCAAGCCAGAUGGACACUAUGGGAGCAAAGCAAGUGGCACAGAAGAAACAGCAGAGCUUACAGUAAAAAUGUUGAAGGACAGGACUUACUUUUGAGAGAAUACUCUAAUGACUUUGUUGGUGGUCAGCACUUUGCUGCCGGAAGUCCUCAGAGCCAGGAUCUGAGUGCACAUGGCUCACCUUCCGCAAAUGAAAGCCAAGAUAUCAAAUCUUUGUGGUGGGAACGACGGGCUUUUCCACUGAAGGAUGAAGACACAGAAGCCUUACUGUGCCAAUAUAAAAAAACUGAUCAGAUUGAAAGACCAAGCCCAGCUGUCAAUGGUGAAGUCUUCUGUACCAGUGCCCCAGAGAAUGGCCAACAUCCAAAAAGACAGGCAGACGGAAUGGAAGAAUACAAAACCUUUGCUGCAGGACUUACUCAUGUUAAAAAAAAUAGGUGACAAGGAAUAGGUUAAG